AUGGCUCGGCUGGCUUCCUCUGCACGUUCCGCCCGGUGCUGGAGGGGGACACUCGCAACUGUGCGGUUUUCUUCGUCUAGUUCCAAUCCUCUGCCGUUUCCAAAUCAUCCGAAUCCAACCGCACACCAGAUUUUCCAUUUACCUGCGAGUGCAUCGCAGGCAGACAUCAAGGCCAGAUACUAUGAACUGGUGCGGCUCUAUCAUCCUGAUUCCCCUAUCUCCCGAACCGUUAGCCCCGAGUCGGCGCAAGCACGGUUUCACGCCAUCUCUGCGGCAUACAAAGUUCUUAGGGGUAAAACCGUCGAUCCCAGCUCGUCCGAUAUCAACGUCAGGAAGGACUAUCAUGAUUUGAGCACUGCUAUAUGGAAGGAGAAACAACGGAGGCGAGCGGAGCUGAAGGUGGGGGUUAAUGACCAGUGGAAGGAUCGGCUACUCUUGGGUUCGGUCAUACUGGCCGUAGCGGCUUUCGUGGCCCAGACGUUCACAAGCAGGCGACAGGCUUUGCGAGGCGCUGUUGAAAGUACUCGGGCCAAUACAGAUCGCUCCGAAUUCGCUGCUGGUCAGAGAGCAGGCGGAGGUGCUUCUGAAGUCGACGCUGGCCGCCUUGCUGCACCCGACCUGGAACCUAUUCCCGCGGACUCCCAUUCCUGACGGUACCAUAUGGCGAUCCUCCGGUGUGACCUUUCAAGAGGUCAUGAUGGCAGACCGGUGCAAUUGAGGCAGUAUCGUUCCCAUCCAAAGAGUCCUUGGUUCGAUCAGGAGAAGUCGCUGCUGAUGAAGCAGCUUAAGUACCCAGCGCCAACGGGUGAGGGACGUGGGCCGUGCUUGGACGAAGGCGACACGCAUGGCUGAUCUCAAGUAGCUUUUGUCUUUCCCAAGAGCCGUCAUGAUUGCUUUC